AUGAAAUUUGAGACUAUUGGCACGACAAAUCCUGUUUCAGAACGUGUUGACUUAGAUUUCCUUGCACAAUCAGAAUUUGCCAAAACAGGAAAUGCAUCAAUGCUGUUACGCUCAGUGGUGCUGUUUCUGGCUGCUCUGCUGCUUUCAGGCUUCCCUGGAAAUGGACAGGAUUCAGAUUUUGCAGGUCUGUCAACCACCCAACCCGAAGUCCAAAUGAAGAUUGUAGAUACACACAACCGCCUAAGGAGAGCUGUCUUGCCAUCAUCCAGUAACAUGGUGAAGAUGGUUUGGGACAAUGCAGCCCAAGUGAAUGCUCAAGCCUGGGCAAAUGCUUGCAAUUAUCAACACAGUGAUCAAGAGAAACGAAAAACCACUGUAACAUGUGGUGAGAAUCUCUUUAUGUCAAGUGUCCCUAUUUCAUGGGAAAAAGUAAUCCAAAAUUGGUAUGAUGAACGCAAUAAUUUUGAAUUUGGUAAAGGACCAACAUACUCAAAUGCAGUAGUUGGACAUUACACUCAGGUUGUUUGGGCCACAUCAUCCAGUGUUGCAUGUGGAUUUAGUUACUGUUCCAAUCAAGCCAAGCUAAAAUAUUACUAUGUUUGUCAGUAUUGUCCUGCCGGUAAUUAUGUAAAUACAAAGAAUACCCCUUACUUACCAGGAAUACCUUGUGCCUCUUGCCCUAAUUACUGUGACAAUGGACUAUGCACUAAUGGUUGCAUUCAUAAAGACGAUUAUACUAACUGUAAAAUAUUGAAGAAUAUGGUCAGCUGUCAACAUGACCUGGUCAGACAAAAUUGCAAAGCCUCCUGCAAUUGCGAAGACAAAAUUCAUUAA